CAGGGAGAAGGCCACUCAAUAGGCUUCUGAAAAAUAUAUAUGUCCCCCUCACUUCUGAGAGGAUGGUAAUGGCCUUCUGAGGCCUUCUGUCCGCGCUUUCUUACCACUUAGGUGACUUCAGAAUUGGUUGUACUGGAUUUUAUUUAGUUGCCCUCAAAUGUUAAAUUUAAAAGUUCAUUCUGUAUCAAUAAAUUACUUUGACUAUUAAUAAUUCAUUAUUAGAUUACUUGAGUUUAAAUGAAGAGUAAAGUCUAUUAAACCAAAAUAACCUUUAGUGUCCCUUGGAGCCUUGCUGCUCUUAUGUUUUGUAAUUUCAUGCUGCAACCACGUUCACAAAUAUUGAUUGAGCUUCCCUCCAUGAACCCGCGUGCCGUUCAACUUUCCAAUCUUUCAAAUGCUCAUAAGUUAUAUUUACAGCAUAACAGAGAUGAAAAGGGAAAACUAAACUAUUUUAAUAUGAUUUAAUGUCAGGGAUCCGUAACUUAAGUUGUUUAUCUUAGCUCCAUUUACUGUACAAUUACACCUUUAUCGGGUUAUGAGGCUGAAGGCAAAGUCCACCAAAUAACACUAUGUUUCAACCAAUAGGAGGAUCAUAUUAAUCAGUAAUCGUAUGUGCUAGAAUAAUAGAGGAGUUUAUGACUAUGGCUAGGACAUUAUAAAGGCCAACCUUUGCUUUCGCUAGCUGCUCACAAUUCAUCGCCGCAGCCUCAGGUAAGCGGAGAAUCACAAAUGAUCACAAAGCUGAUUAACGAUGCGUUUGUCAGGCAUAUAAGGACAAAAACGAGAGAAAACAGCAGUUGUUAAACGUUAGUGUGUUUCUCUUCCAGGAUGUUCAAGUUUGCGUUGCUGUUCCUGACCCUGUCAGGUCUCCAAGCUCUUCCAAUCGCACCCCCUAGACACCAAACGACUUACCACCUCCCAGAUGGCUUAAAGCAGGGGGCCGAACACUCUGGCGUCCGUGAACCUGUUCCUGAUGGAUUCAGACAAGGAACAGAGCCCUCCAGAAAGUUCCUUGUUGACCUGAACACCGGACAUGUCAAAGAACACAUCAGUGAGAUGGACCGGAGAGUAGUCUCUGUUGAUGUUCCAGCCCAGAGGAAAGGGGCAGGCUGGGUUAGAGUGGAGAAACCCUCAACCGUUAAUCUUCCUGAAGCUUCUAGUCAGGAAACCAAACCCAGAAUGCCGAUCCCAGUUGCCUUCCGACAGGGAACGGAACCCAAGAUGUCAAUCCCAGUUGCUUUUAGACAAGGAACGGAGCCCAAGAUGUCAAUCCCAGUUGCCUUCCGACAAGGAACGGAGCCCAAGAUGUCAAUCCCAGUUGCCUUCCGACAAGGAACAGAGCCCAAGAUGUCAAUACCAGCUGACUUCAUACAGGGGACAGAGCCAAAAAUGUCAAGCCUAUUAGAAGACAGAAAGAAAGCUCAGCAACAAAUGUCAAACCCAAUUGCUUUCAGACAGGAAACCAAGACAAAGAGGUCAAUUCCAGUUGCCUUCCAACAGGAAACGGACCCAAAGAUGUCAAUUCCAGUUGCCUUCCGACAGGGAACGGAGCCCAAGAUGUCAAUCCCAGUUGCCUUCCGACAGGGAACGGAGCCAAAGAUGUCAAUCCCAGUUGCAUUUAGACAGGGAACCGAGCCAAAGAUGUCAAUACCAGUUGCAUUUAGACAGGGAACCGAGCCAAAGAUGUCAAUACCAGCUGACUUCAUACAGGGGACAGAGCCAAAAAUGUCAAGCCUUUUAGAAGACAGAAAGGAAGCUCAGCAACAAAUGUCAAACCCAAUUGCUUUCAGACAAGGAACCAAGACAAAGAGGUCAAUUCCAGUUGCCUUCCAACAGGAAACGGACCCAAAGAUGUCAAUUCCAGUUGCCUUCCGACAGGGAACCGAGCCAAAGAUGUCAAUCCCAGUUGCUUUUAGACAGGGAACAGAGCCAAAGAUGUCAAUCCCAGUUGCAUUUAGACAGGGAACAGAGCCAAAGAUGUCAAUCCCAGCUGAUUUCAAACAGGGGACUGAGCCGGAAAUGUCAAGCCUAUUAGAAGACAGAAAGGAAGCUCAGCAACAAAUGUCAAACCCAAUUGCUUUCAGACAGGAAACCAAGACAAAGCGGUCAAUUCCAGUUGCCUUCCGACAGGAAACGGACCCAAAGAUGUCAAUCCCAGUUGCCUUCCGACAGGGAACCGAGCCCAAGAUGUCAAUCCCAGUUGCUUUUAGACAGGGAACCGAGCCAAAGAUGUCAAUCCCAGUUGCAUUUAGACAGGGAACCGAGCCAAAGAUGUCAAUACCAGCUGACUUCAAACAGGGGACUGAGCCAGAAAUGGCGAGCCUAUUAGAAGACAGAAAGGAAGCUCAGCAACAAAUGUCAAACCCAGUUGCCUUCCAACAGGAAACGGAGCCAAAGAUGUCAGAGCCAAUUCUAAAAAUCAAAUCUGGUUUCAGACAGGGAACGGAACCAAACACAGCCGUAGUCCACAAGAAAGUGGCUUGCAAGGGGGAGAUUGUCAAUGAAAAAUGCUAUGAGUUCAACCCCAGGUCUCUGGCCUUCAAAGAUGCCCAGGCCCUUUGCAGAAAUCUUGCCCCAAAUGCCGAACUCGUCUCUGUAACAAAUAAAGAUCUCCAUUCCCGACUGGUUUCCCUGGUGACCAAAGGCGGUGAGAGAAACCCUGUGUUGACCUGGUUAGGAGCUACAGUCAAGAACCAGCAGGCCUCGUGGGUUGACGGGUCAGAUUGGAGUUACACCGACUGGAUGCCAGGACACCCCAACGUUCACGCCGACAAACCAGUCUGUGUCGAGAUGUUCAAGAUGGAUGAGAGCUGGUGGACCGUGGCCGACUGUGAGCUGAAGAGAGCAUCUCUCUGCUCAUACCCUGUCACUGCGUAAAAAGCAAAGAAACAGUAAAUGAUGUGCCAAAUGAAUCGCCUACUGAAAAAAAAAAGUCUCUAAAUGUGCUAAAAUCAUAAGUUUGAGCUACUUACCACAUCAUGUGAUUGCGUCUCCUUAAAUAAAACCAAGCAUACCACAAA